CGCCAUUCUAGAACCACCAUCAUCAAUAUGCGUCCCGACUCUGCUCCUGGCCUAGAGCCAUACAGAAACCAAAACUGGGAUGCCUCGUCAUUUAAAAGCGAACCCUACGAUCCCAAUGCUCCGUCUGCCCCCAGAACCGCUCGACGCAUUGCUACAAAUGGAUUCAUUAGCAAGAUCCCUCUUGUUGCCAUUGUGCUCCAGAUGAUCGCCGUCAGCGUAUCCAUUGCUACGGUCGGCUUGCUCGCCAACGCCAUUGCCAUCUACCGGUCUAGCAAAGACUGGAAGAUUGUCAUGGGCUCCGGUGUCAUCCUACCAGGUUGGCGUGAACCGGGCGAUAACUUCAUGGUGCCCAUCUAUUCGCUUCUGGGCUCUGCAACCACGGGGGCCGUGCUUGGCGCCAUCACAUUGGGUUCUACCAUCUUCAUUCACAUCAUGCAGAAGCAUAGCCUUCUCAACAGCCAUCCUCUCCUCAUCGCAAGCUCCCAGUUCAUUAUUGUCGCGCUGUACAUUGCGUCUCUAUCCUUCUUCAGAGUCCAAGAGGAUCGCCUUGGCAUGUUUGGCUGGAGUUGCGCCCACCGUGUCAUGGAGACUAAGCAAGACGGCAACUCCAUCGGCUUAGGAAAUGUCUGCAUGUCCAUUAACACCUCUUGGUACUUGGCUAUUGCUGCCGGCGCUGUGAGCACUCUGAUUCUGGCUCUGGCUGUUGUAGUAUAUGUACAGAACCGCGGUUCCAAGCCCAAGGGAGCCGUCAUGCGCCGCAGAGCAAGCUAUGCCGAGUUGAAGAACAAGCAAGUGGAUGAUGACAUCCCCAUGCUGGCUAGACCCUACUCUCGUUAA